AUGGAUGAGAAGAAAUCUUUGUCUGUGCAGAGCUUUUGUUCUUCAGAUGAAAACAAUGAAAGUCCUUGUGCUGAAAAUAAUACAGAUACCUCCACUGCACAUGCUUCCAUCUAUACUGAUGAGCUACCAAUUCCAUUGUACAUCGGACCAAUCAAUGCGAAUGUUGUUCAGCAUUCACUAUUAGAAGUAAGAGGCGCAGCAUGCAGAGAAUUGCCUACUCAAACGUUUAGGUUGCAGAGUUUUGUUCAAAGAGACUAUACCAGACCAUACGCAAAUGAAAAUAAUUUCAAUGUAGACAUUUCUCAUAUGUAUGCAUCAAAUGAAGCCCACGUUUCUUCUGAAGUGAAACAUCUCAAUAUUACUGAUGACGGAAAGAAUGGAAUGGGCAUUUUGAAAACGUGUUUGGUUUAUGAGUACAGCAAAGUAAUGAAAGCUACCAAUGAAUUUGAUGUUAUGAACAUUAUGCAUAAAGGCCAGUUUGGUGCCAUAUUCCACGGUACAAUGUUUGGCCAGAUAUUUGGAAUGUUGAGAAUAACAAGUGAAGAAGUCAACUCAGAGGGAGAGGUAGUUAUAUUGUACGAGAAUGAAAUAUCCGCACUAAUGAUGUUUCGUCACCCCAGCAUAAUUAUGCUACAAGGCAGUGCUUUUAGUGGUAACGAUGCUGUGCUGAUUUAUGAAUACUUAUCUGUUGGAACCUUUGCAGACUGGCUUCAUUCGUCUGUUCAGGAUCCUUUGGUGAGAUGUUAUGAAUCGUUGGCAGUAUUGACUGGUGUUGCUAGUGCGCUAUCGUAUUUGCAUAAUGUUUUACAGUUUCCAUUUAUCCAUGGGAGUGUGAACUCCUACCAUAUCCUGCUUGGGGAUAAUCUUAAACCGAAAUUGUUUGGAUUUUGGUGCUCCCACUACUGCCUGGGCAGCCGAUGCAUAAACGUCGUUGAUAUGAAUAUGAUAGAGAAAUAUCAAUAUAAAGCAUUUAUGCCUGGUGGGUUAGUGCCUUCGUUUAUUCACAGUCCACGAAUAGACAUAUAUGGUCUUAGAGCAAUAAUGUAUGAUGUACUCUGUGGGAGGACAGACACGAUAUCCGAGGCCCCGGGAUCUGAGGAAACUAUUUUUGAGGAUUUUGUGUCGCAACCUUAUGAAAACUUAAAAAGACAAAUGAAGCUGAAUACAAGUAAGUGGCCCGAAGAUAUAGUGAGAGGUUUGUAUGGACUGAUCUGGAAAUGUUUGCAGCAGUGCAUUGGUGAUAAACAAGAAAAUAUACAAGAGAUUCACGAAUGUCUGGAACGUCUAACAAGGAGAAGAUCGGAUACCUCUGAGAUGGCGGGGAUGUUCAACGUGGCAGCUCAAACUGCUUUCCAUGUAUUAUAG